AUGGCAAGCAAUUGCAUGACUUUCGGACAUCGAGGCCCCAUGGUUGUCAUUCACAGAAUCAAAGGAGCCAGAUCCAUAGGAGAUGUUCAGCCAUCAGACCUUCGCAUUGUUGCUGACUGGCUGUGUCGCCACGUACCACCAGGAAUGAAGGAUUAUCAAAUUAAACACAGCUUCCAAGGCUUCACCAAUGAAGUCAAGAUUCCUGAAGGGUUAUAUUAUAUUACGCAGAGAAGUCUGCCGCGCCAAGGGUAUCGGUUCAUCGAAAUUUCCACCGCAGACUACGCAUUCCUCCACGAAGAUACAGAAUGUACCAAAGCCCUGGGAAUUGGAUUGGUACUUCGCUCAUUUAACGAGCCAUAUUAUUAUCAGAACUUCGAGGGCCAGCAUGAAUUGGCUUUGAGAACGAAUGCUUUAGUUCCUCACCGCAAUGAAGAAGCAUUAUUUCUGUUUCUGACUAUUGACCCGGAAGAUGAGAGCUGGGGAGGUUUCCUCUCCAAGAGAUAG